UUGCAGUGUUGUUGUAUUGAUAUUUAUUAUUAAUUGUAUUUUAUAACAUACGAUGCUGUGUUUAGUUCGAGUAUUUUAUGAAUAAAAACCCAAUAAUUUCAUUUAUUAAUUUAUAUCAAUAACUCAUUGGUGUAACAAUAAUUUAAAAACACAAUAAUGUCGCAAAGAGAACGCCGUGCUAAUGCUGGUAAUCGCAUGGCAAAGCUUUUGGAUGAAGAAGAGGAAGACGACUUUUAUAAAACUACUUAUGGAGGGUUCCAAGAGGUGGAGGAAGAUGGAGAUUACGUAGAAGAGAAAGAAGUAGAUGAUUUAGUAGACUCUGAUUUUGAUAUUGACGAGAAUGACGAACCUGUUUCGGAUCAAGAAGCUGAAUCUAAAGAGAAGAAGAAAGUUAGCGGAAAGGUGUAUAAGGAUCCAAAAAGAAAACGAAAGUCUGCAGCUGAGAAUAAAGCGGUAACAAAGAAACCAAAAGAACCAAGAGAACCGAAGCCAAAGGAAGCUGCGGAGAGUGUUGAUAAAGUUAUAGAUACAUCUAUAGAACGAAAAUCAAUAAGACAAAGUACAGCAGUGAAAUCAGCGGAGACACUAGAAAGGAUCAAAAUAAGAUCGGAAUUGAAAAAGAAAAAGGUGAAGAAAGUUGAGGAGCGGCCGCUCACACAAGAGGAGUUAUUGGAAGAAGCGCUUAUCACUGAGAAGGAAAAUCUUAAAAGCUUGGAGAGAUUUGAACAAAGUGAAUUAGAAAGAAAGAAAGUCAGACCAAUAAAGAAAACUAUUACAGGACCGAUAAUUAAGUACCAUUCUUUCGCCGUGCCCGUACCACUAGUGUCUGAAGUGACGCCAGAUGACAAGUCUAGUCUUACACCAAUAACAGAUAUCAAUUUGAGUGAUAUUAUUAAAAGUGAAGAUGAUAUGUUAACACCAGGAGACCUAAGUGACGGUAACAAUGCAGAACCAAAACCGGAAAAUGAUAAUGAACAAUCCGACCCAGUUAAAAUGGACGUCGAUUUUGUGGGACCAGAGGAGGAGAUUACAUUGAAUGAUGUCCCCAAAAAAGAAGAUAAACCAAAACCCAAAGAGAACGUAACAUACUACGAGAGGACGUUGCUGUCUUUCGAAAACGACAUCAAAAACAAAGCGUUCAAUUCGUGUUUCCCACAAAAAGUGCCGAAACGGAGACGGGAAAUGUUAUGUGCUGUUACUAAACGACCAGCCCGCUACAUCGAUCCUAUAACCAAGUUACCAUAUCGCAGUGUAGACGCUUUCCGCAUUAUACGCGAAGCAUAUUACCAACAACUCGAAGCCCGAGCAGACAAGGCCUCGCCUAGCCUCGCCGCCUGGCUUCGCUCGAGACGAAGUGAUACGGCUUCUUCUUACGUGCAAAUACAUAUUAAAUAAUGCGUCAUACUUAGUUUGUAGAGUAUGGUGAAAUAAUUAUGCUAAUAUGAAAAAAAAAACUGUGUGGAUCGGUUGAUUUUGUUUUCAUACACGCAUAUACCCGCAUAUACUGUAUGGAGGUAAAAUAAAAUAAAACAAAAAAAAAUGUGUGGUUUUAUGAAACCACGGUAAAAGUGAAACUUUUUUUCACACUAUAGACAUUUAACUAAAAAUUAUC